ACUAAGCACUAGAUUUGUAAAUAAGAUUAGAAAAAAAAAAUUCAAUUUUAAUUGUUGUUUCCUUAUAGAUGGGAAGUGGAAAGGCUGCCAAGUCAAAAGACAAGAUAGGACACAGGAGGGUGGACAAAACAGGAGCUGUAACGUAUAAAAAGAGGUCCACUUCGGAGCUGAUGGCGGCUAUACAGCUAGGCAUUGGUCAGAGUGUUGGUGGACUCUCCUCAAAACCUGAAAGAGAUCUCCUUAUGCAGGAUUUUGCCGUCAUUGAAAGCGUGUUUUUUCCAUCAGAGGGGAGUAACCUGACCCCGGCUCAUCACUGUAGUGACUUUCGUUUUAAGACCUACGCUCCCAUCGCAUUUCGAUAUUUUCGGGAACUGUUCUCUAUUCAGACAGAUGAUUUUCUGCUUUCGCUAUGUGAUCAACCAAUGAAAGAGCUGUCUAACCCAGGGGCAAGUGGCAGCAUCUUUUACCUGAGCGAGGAUGAUGAAUUCAUCAUAAAAACAGUACAACACAAAGAGGCCGACUUUUUACAGAAACUGUUGCCUGGCUACUACAUGGUAAGAGACAGCCAAUCAAGAUUAACCAUUUUUUUGAACUUAUCAGCCAAUGAAAGCCAUGUUUG